AUGUCCCAAUCUCGACCCAACUCUGCUUGCUCAGGCUCCCCUGUUUCGGAGGGUGGCACGCCACCAUCUUCCGAUUCCAAGACUUCAAAUGAAUGGUCAGACACCGACGUCGGGCCUCAUAGAACUCCGACCCUGUCCCCUGCUACCUCCGUCACACAGUACUCUCCCAGUCGCUCUCUCCGCGAUGCGCAGAAGGUGGAGUCUCCCCCGCCGCACACCGACAAGUUCGUGGUGUUCUUGCACUCGGCGACCCCAGAACUUGAAGACGCGAAUCUCUUCAGAUUCAUUGGGUACUACGACAAAGUAUGGAUGUUAUGGCUCAAAUGGGCGAGUGCUGGACAUUGUGGCGUUGUAACACAGGACAUCCAGAGUAUUCCGGAGGAGCAUUACCGCAUGCUGCAACGGCAGCUAGACAGCAGCUGGGAGUGGGAGGGCCCUGAAGGCGACCUCAAACGAUGGUGCAUCUUUCUGAGAUUUAUCAGGAUUGACUUCUUUCCGAGGCGGAAGCACCUCACCGUGCGCGCGCCCACAUUCAGCGAAGACCUGGCGGUGCCCCUCCUGGCCGACAUAUGCAGCCUCUUUUGUCUUGUGGGAAACGGGCACACUCGGACGUCGCCCUCGCUUGUUUCUCGGACGGUCAUCAGCAACCCUAAUCUGGAGUGCGUCCUUCAACAUGCCACCAUCAACACCUCUGCACAGUCGCCUGCCGCAGGGGACACUGCAAUUGCGCUCUGCAUCUUCACGCAGAGUGCCGAAGAAUUCUUGUAUGAAACCAAGAAGCUAGCCAUGGCCCUCCCGUCUCUGCCGUCCCUGCAGGGCUUGCUGAUAGUGCAUAUCAGUCAGCGGGGCACGACUGGCCCAUCCAGCCCGUCGCGAUCCUUCACCCCGCGGGCUUCCUUCCCUCCCGGGGAGUUCUUCCGCCCCGAGGUGUGCAUACUGUCGUACAUGAGGUCGCAGUUCCCGGCGUUCCUGGCAAGGGUCGAGGAGGCAGAGAACCUGAGAGAUUGGGAAGCAGAGGGGGGGAACUUCACGUGGGUCACGGAAACCAUACCAAUGGGGUUGGGAGAGGCUCUCCCCGAAGCCAUGGAGGGGAUUGCAAGCAAUUGGCGGGGAUGGUCCAAUCGUAUCUCAAACACGUUGCCCAACCUUAUCUCACCUGGCUUUAUUCACGAAGGGGUGGUAGCCCGCUGUCGAUCAAGCACAUAUGCGCUCUUGGAUGGGGCGGAGGUUGAGCAAUCAGCUUGUCUCUCCGCUCAGUCCGCCUAUCAUAUGGGUGAAUCUCCCGCCCUAGUUCCGGACACAGCGUACAUCAAGACAUUUCACCACAAGGGCCAUCUAUAUUUCUUGGACGAAAUCAUCGCCACCCAGCCUUGGCCGAAUAUGAGGGCUAGGAUUCGCGACAUGUUCCAUCGCAACCUGCAGCCGGUUCUCAGAUUUUCCCUGUGCUUUGUGCGGGAGCGAAGCAAGCCGAAGAGACCGACCCAGAAGGUGGUGGAGAAGUGGCAGAAGCUCGCGGCUCGCGAUCGCGCGGCAGCUGCAGCUGCCAUGGCUGCGGAGGCUGAGGAGAGCGACGAGGAGGACGGGAAUGGGCAUGAAGAUGAGGGCGAGGAUGACGAGGAGGACGAGGAGGACGAGGGGGGCGAGAAUGAGGGGGAGGGCGAGCACGGGGAAGGGGAUCAGGGAGAGGAUGAGGAAAGGCACGGGCACCAGAGACGGGUUAAGAAGGAGGAUUCCUGGGGGUCAUGCAAGUUCAUGGGGCCCUCAAGGAUGCAUUCAAAGCACCGGGAAAAACUCCUGGGGAGGUUACCAUCAAUUGGGAGACGGCGACGUAAAAAGGUUGAACACCCUGUAGCCCUCCUUGCCAGCACAGCCAACCUGGCCAAGGUGCGGGUGCGAUGGCCCCAUUACGCCUGUCCUCCCAUGGCCCUGGGUUGCCAGGCCAUGCAUGGCCCCCUGGACUUAACCUAUGUGCUCAUCCUGCCCGAGCAUUUCAGGCUUGUGCACCGGCUGGUGGCCAACAACACCACUACAGAGACCGAUUUUAUCGCGGCUUUGACGUACAUGGUGUUACAGCUUAACCAGGGCACACCCGACAAACCGGAACAGCCUACCCAAAUCGACCGCAUGGUAACGUCUCUGCAAACACUUUCGUUGAGUUGCUACAAGCUCAACAAGGUGGUUGCCGCACGUUGGGAAGACCCCGACCUGCAUGCGUUUCCCGGGCUAGGUCCGUCCAACAACAAGUGGAUCAUUGAGUGUGCAACUCCCCCUUAUGACUGA